GUAGUAGCAGGUGGAUGGACCAAAAAAUGGCAUUCCUGCAUCCGUCCGUCUUUCUUGGCUGCCUGCCUCACUGACUGCCUUCCUUCCUCAACAAACCACAAUCUCUACCGGUUAAUUAAGAUCCUGAUCCACCAUGUUCAUGUUGUGAGCUCAUCGGGUGCGCCGGCGGUCGACCUGCGGUGGUGCCGGUGCCAUGGACGAGGAGGAGAUUGAGGGGGUGCCGGCCUUCUUCCACCGCCACCCUCUCCUCCUCUGCUUCCUCCUCUUCCUCGCCUUCACCUACGCCUUGGUCUACCCCGUCUUCGCCUUCAUCCUCGCCGCCGCCCCCGUCCUCGUCCUCACCGCCCUCCUCCUCGGCCUCGUCCUCCUCCACAGCGUGCCCCAGGACCACGACCCACAUGUCUACAACAAGAUCAGCCACCGCCCACCUCAAGUCCAACCAAGCACCACAGGCGCCAUCACCACACAUCACCACCGACCCUCCCACGAAUCCAGCGACUCCUCCUCCUCCGUCGACGAAAAUGACCACCACCCACCCACCGUGUCCAACGCCACCUCGCACGCCUCCUUCCCCGACACCGCCGCCAACAGCGAAUCAGAAUCAACCGACUCUGACCACGAAGAAAGGCAGCACAACCACCAGCGCUCCGAGAAAAAGGACGCGGUGCGGGCCGUCGCGUGGACGGCUGAUGACGCCAAGAGCAUCGAGAACAUCGGCUCGCUCGAGCUCGAGAUGAACGCCACCGUCGAGAAGCUCAUGUCCAGGCGCCGCGCCCGCGGCCACCAGCGACCUCUCCACCACCACCACCAGCAGCAGCACGUCAUGGAGCUUGACGACCCGUCCAAGCUCAGCAUCGCCACCAGGAAGAGGAACCCCUUCGACCUCGACGGGCCCUACGACGAAGACGACAACUUCCCCGACUCCGCACCCUCCAUGCUCGGCCUACGCCCCUCGCGCAACCCCUUCUUCGAUGAUAUGGACGACGAUCUCCAGCACCAAGCACCACCGGAGCCGUCGUCCAUCCCAGGGGCCCCGGCAGCGCAGAAGAAUGCCAUGCUGUUCCGACGGCAUGAGAGCUUCACCGUGGGUGCGCCGUACGUGAGCGACUUCCGGCCAUCCCGCUUCAGGCCCUACUUCGUCACCGAGAAGAUGCAGGGCCAGCCGGUGACGGUUCCCGAGGCCAGCCGCGAGAGCAGCUCCUCGUCCACGUCUUCCUCCUCUGCGGGUGCCACUGCUUAUGCCUAUGCCUAUGCCUAUGCCUACGCCUCCGCCAACAAAGAAGAAGAGGCAGCAGCAGAACAAGAAGAAGCUUUGGCAGCAGUAGAAGCAGAAGCAGCAACAAUGUUGGAGGAGGUGAAGCCUACCGUUGAGUACAGCAGCAGGUCUCAUGAGGUGGCGGCGGUGGACGUGGAGCUCAUCAGCGACUCUUCCGACGACGACAUGACACUGCCUGGUGGUGGCCAUGCCCAUAAAGGGCAGCAUGUACAGGCACAGCAGCAGCAGCAGGAGGAGGAGGAGGUGGCUGAGCAGGAGCAGCAAAUGACGAUGGAGCAGGAGCAGGAGCAGCGAAUGAAGCAGGAGCAGCGAAUGAAGCAGCAGUUGGCUGAGCAGGAGCAGCGGAUGAAGCAGCAGCAGAUGAAGCUGCAGCAGGAGCAGCAGAUGAAGGAGCAGCGAAUGAAGCAGCAGUUGGCUGAGCAGGAGCAGCAAAUGAAGCAGGCGGCUGAGCAAGAGCGGCAAAUGAAAAUGCAGCAGCAGCAGCAGUUGGCGUUAUCAGACGAUGACGAGGGGGAUUCGUUUGAGGUGGAGAGCAUCACGAAACAAGUAGCAGCGGCGGCGGCGGGCAAAACCAAGCAGCUUGAGACAGAUCCUGCAUACGACUACAGCCCGUCAAAGACGGAGAAGGCAGCAUUUGCCCAGUUACCUCCUCCGGCGCCGCCAAAUAAGCUGCAGACGAUGCGGAGAGUGUUCUCAGAAGAAGACGCGGACGAGCCAUGGGCAGCGCCGAGCGGACUGGAGGAGACAGCUGAGGAUGAGGGCAGGGAGCAAGACCCUCCUCUUUCUGCUCCUGCUGCUGGUGCUGCCCCUCCUCUUUCUGCGGCCGCCAAGAAAGCUAUCGGCAAGUCCACCAAGUACAAGCCGCCAUCCAAGAAGGCAGUCUUAGGCUUCUUCCGCAAGUGACAACACAUGCGUCUUGUCUUCUUCUCUUCUUCUCUGUAGUAGACAACACAUGCAUGCCUCCUAUACUCGAUCUC